GAGAGCCAACAUGUUUUAAGGUUUAUCAGAGAAUGCAUAAACCAAAGGAAAAAUCAAAUGAGUGGUUUAACAAAGAACAAGCUCUGAUAGCUGAAAGUUACCAAACUAAAUUGUUUGAGAGAAAUUCUCAAAUAGGUGAGGGUAGUAACCAACAAUCUGAUGAUAGUAUAUACAUUGAAGUUGUUGGAGGCAUUAACAAGAAGGGACACAUAUUUGGAUUGGGAUCUCAAGCUGCCACUAUCAAAAAAUCUUUGAAAUGUUCUCCUUCAAUUUCUACUGAUGUGGUACAGUCAGAUAAAGUUGCUGCUAUGGAGGCUAAGAUUGAAGCAUUAACCGUUGAACUUGAGCAAAAAAAUCUUGAACAAGAAACGUUAAAACAAAAGAUGGAGCAUUGGGAGCGGAUUUUUGGAAGGUUUGUGCCUAAUAUUAAUCAAAACUCGCCGGUUCAACUUGAAAGAGAAGGUGAUAAUGAAAAUGAUGAGAUGGAUGCUAAUGAAAAUGAUGUGUUGGAUGAAGUUUAG